AUGGCUCUGUGCGGGGAUGUGGGAGCCUCGUCCCUCCCCAGCGAGCUCAUCGUUCACAUCUUCUCGUUCCUGCCGGCCCCGGACCGGCUGCGGGCCUCGGCCUGCUGCUCGCACUGGCGGGACUGCCUGUUCUACCCGGCGCUGUGGCCGGAGCUGCGGCUGAGCCUGCGGGUGGCGCUGUCCGAGCGGCCCCGCCUCGAGUUCCUCAUGCGGAAGUGCGGCUGCUUCGUGCGCGAGCUCCGCGUGGAGUUUGCCGCCGAUAACUACGUGUCAAGCUCCGCCUUCGACCCCGCCCCCGCGGAGCCCGGCCCCGCCUCCCCCGCCGCCGGCCCCGCCUCCUGCUGGUGCGAGGACCCCGCGGAGAGCCCGGAACUGCUCCCCGGGCCCCAGAGAGACUCCCAGCAAUCCGCCCGCUGGCUGGGGGUCCUGAGAACCUACAUGGAGCUGGUCCUGUGUGUGCUGAGCAGCAUCCGGGGCAACAGGAAUCUUCAGAAACUUAGUCUUUUUGGCGACAUCAGUAUUUUGCAACAAAACGGCACUAUUACAAAAGCCUACCUAAACAAGGUGGAUCCAGGUGGCAAGAAAAUCAGGCAGAUUCAGCAGCUUUUUGUGGAGAUACUGGCAAACAGUAGACAAUUAAAGUGGCUUUCCUGUGGGUUCAUGUUGGAGAUAGUCACACCGACCUCUUUGUCUUCACUAACCAAUCCAGUGGCAAACACCAUUGAACAUCUAAGUUUACUGGAUAAUCACAGUCCUGCGAGCACCACCUUAAUAACCGCCAUUGAAUUGGAGCGCUUUGUUCAUCUGCGUUCCCUUGCAUUAGACUUUUGUGACUUUACAGCAGAAAUGGCGAGAGUGUUGGCCAACAAUAACCAUGUGCCUUUGCAUAGACUAUCUCUUCUGGUCCACCACACUUCACUGAAGACUAAGACCUUGAACAAAAUGCCUGAAGACGAGGAUUGGAAGGCCCUCACUCGAAAUAGCGCCAAUCUCCGUGUCUACAUGAUGGCAUUCGAUGUCAAGAGCGAUGAUAUGCUUAGAAUCCUGAAGCCUAGUAUACCACUGGAGAGAAUUCACUUUGAUAGCUACCUGACCUACGUAUCUGGAGCAGUUGUUGAUCUCAUAACCAGACAAUAUGAUACAUUCCUAACUCACUUCAUCUUGAUGAACGAUGUCAACGAUAUGUCUGGAUUUCCGGACCUCAGUGAAAAUAGAAAUGAAGAUCCUUUGGUUCUCUUGGCUUGGAGGUGCAUGCGGCUCUCCCUUCUGGCAAUUCAUGGUUAUACGGUUUGGGCGCACAACCUAAUAGCAAUUGCUCGCCUGCGAGGGCCUGAUCUCAAGAUGCUGGAAGUGACAGAAGAAAGCAUAGACUUUGACCAAAGUGAGCUCGCUGAUCAAGAUGUGGAUCCGGUGCAUAAUCUCAUAGAGCAGGUGUCAAUUGGACUUGCUCGACCAUGGCGUGCCGUGAUGGACAUCGAGCUGCUUAGCGUAUUCACAGAACCUGCCCGCCACUUUUACAGAGAGAUGCAAAACUUCAGCGAAGGCAUUUAGCUAUUUCCCCAACUUUUUCCUUUUUUUUUUUUUUUUUUUUUCCCCUUUUCUU